AUGGUAAAGGAAACAAAAUUUUACGACAUACUGGAGAUUAAACCAGAUGCUUCAGAAAACGAAAUAAAAAAAGCUUAUAAAAAAUUGGCCCUCAAGUACCAUCCCGACAAGAAUCCAGAUACUGGAGAAAAAUUUAAAGAAAUUGCACACGCUUUCGAAAUCCUUUCUGACAGUCAAAAACGGGAGAUUUACGAUCGGUACGGAGAGGAAGGUCUAUCUAACGAAGGAGGAAUGGGAAUGUCACCCGAAGAUCUAUUUGCCAGCUUUUUCGGUGGUGGUGUUUUUGGAGGUAGAAGUCGCUCAACAGGUCCAAAGAAAGGAAAGAACUUUAAGCAUGCUCUCAAAGUCUCUCUAGAAGAUUUUUAUAACGGAAAAACCACUAAAUUAUCCUUAAAUAAGGACGUCAUCUGUAAUACAUGUGAAGGUAGAGGUGGAAAGGAAGGCGCAGUUAAGAAGUGCACCUCAUGCGAUGGUACUGGCUACAAAGUUCAUUUGAGGACUUUAGGGCCUAUGGUGCAGCAGAUUCAACAACAAUGUAAUGAAUGUCAUGGUCAGGGUGAAAUUAUUCGAGAAAAAGAUCGGUGUAAGACUUGCAAUGGUAAAAAAGUUAUUAAUGAACGCAAAGUGUUGGAAGUACAUAUCGAAAAAGGUAUGAAAAAUGGCCAAGGGAUAACAUUCUACGGCGAAGCUGAUCAAGCCCCUGGCAUUGAACCUGGCGAUGUUAUCAUUUAUCUGGAGGAAAAACCACACGAUCGUUUCAUAAGGAAAGGUGACGAUCUAGUCCACACAGCAAAAAUCGACCUGCUAACAUCUUUGGCAGGGGGGUCCUUCUAUAUAGAGCACCUUGACAAUCGAGUACUUGAAGUUAAGAUUAACCCAUUCGAAGCUAUCAAACAAAAUGAGAUUAAGGCAAUUCCUUCUCAAGGCAUGCCAUCUCAUCGUCAUCAUACCUUCGGUACUCUUUAUAUCAAAUUCGACAUUGAAUUUCCCGAGCGUAAUUGGACGGAUGAUGUCAAUAAGUUGAAUCUUCUCAGGGAUAUCCUUCCUUUGUCUUGCGUACAAAAUCCUCCGAAUACUGAUCAUAUCGAACAAGUUGAAUUAUCAAGUCUCGAUUCUAUUCAACAACAGAAUGUAUUGAAUAAUAAUCCAGAAGAGGAUGAUGAGGGUCACGGUCCAAAUGUCCAAUGUGCUCAACAGUAA